AUGGCGAUAACUGCUGCGGGUCCGAGCGGGGACGACUUCGCCAAAGACAGCUAUGGCGGGACGGUUUUCCCACGCAAGAUUGCAUCUAAGCUAGCACACCUUCGCGACAUUGGUGAGCAGCACGUCGAUACCUCAGUCAAGAAGAUGGCCUUUGUCGAACUUCGGGAGGAAGGAUCUUGGUCAAUCCAAGGUCUUGUCAUGGCCGGCACCGAGGUUAGCAGAGAGAUGGUGAAGUGGGUUGGUUCCCUGAAGCCCAAGAACUUCGUUUCGGUCGAAGCCACUGUCAAGCGGCCCCUUGAACCUGUCAAGAGCCCCGUCUUUUGCGAGGCGCCUGCGCCCGAAUCACUGGGCCUGAGCCUGCAGGCGGCGAACAAAGCCGUGACACGGGUCGAUGAGGAGGAGAAUGUCGUCGAGGGUGUGGAAGACUUGACUUUAGGAUCGGCUGUCCCUGCGGCGAGCCUGGCCACGCACAUAGGCAAUCCUGUCAUGCACAAGCGUGCCCCUGUCGCCCAAGCCAUAUCCAAUGUUCGCAUAACUGUUCGCAAGAUCUUCACCGAGUACGUGGAUGCGCGAGGAUUUAACCUAUUCGAACCCCCGUGCUUGAUCGGCGCGGCGUCCGAAGGAGGCUCCAAUAUCGAAAUUGCCGGCGGAAGGAAGGUGUAUAGCAUUGGUCCUACUUUCAGGGCUGAGAACUCAAAUACCCGGAGACAUUUGACUGAAUUCUUCGUGAUGGAUCUCGAGAAGGAGAUUGAAGAGCACUACCACGAAGUCCUGGAUCUCCUGAAAGACCUCCUUCUCCAUAUCUUCCGUCAGCUGGAGGUGCGGUGCAAAGACGAGAUCGAACUCGUCCGCAGCCCCGGCAAGGAAGUUCGGAUCACCUUCGCCGAUGGCCAAAAGCUUCUUCGUGAAGAAGGACCCGAAGAGUACAAAAAUUACAAGACGGAUUUCUACAUCCUCGACAAGUUUCCCGAGUCGGCUCGCCCCUUCUACGCCAUGCUAGACCCAGAGAAUCCUGACGUCACGAAUGCAUUCGACUUCUUCAUGCGUGGCCAGGAGGUUCUUUCUGGUGGUCAGCGCAUCCAUCUCCCCGACAUGUUAGAGAGCCGCAUCCGUGACAAAGGUAUCGGCCCUGUAUCCCCGGGCAUUAAGGAGUAUCUCGAUGUUUUCAAGUUAGCGGGCGUUCUACCCUACGGUGGUGGUGGAAUUGGCCUGGACAGAGUCGUGGCUUGGUACCUGGCUCUACCUACAGUGCAUCUUUGUGCAUACUACCCAAGAACCCCAAAGAGGCUACUCCCGUGA